CAGGGCCUGCGUCCCGCGGGUGAGCACGUUCGUGCUGUGAAACCGCAUCAGGAAAGAGAUGGGGUUUGGUGCGUUUUGUGUAGGCCGAGCGCUCUGCUGCCUUCUGUCCCUUAAUCUGGCGGGCUGCCACUGGGCCCCAAUGGGCACGCCGCGCUCCGGCCUAACGCGGGCCCAGGCUUGAGCCGCCGCGAGACCGGGAUCGGGGCCUUUAAUCCAGCUCCUGGGGGCGGGUGAGAGGCGGCCGAGCGGCUCCCGCAGCUCGGAGCCCGCCCGGAGGCUCCCGCAGCCGCAGGGAAGCGCCGCCGGGGCUGGGGCGGGAGGGGAGCCCGGAGGGGCCGCGAGCGCGGAGGAGCGGCGGGCGCGGGGCGACCCCUCAGCGGCAGCUCCCGGCCGGGGGAGCGGGAGCGGCGGCGGAAGUGACGGGCGGCGGCGGCCCGACGCGCCCCGGAGCCGCUGAGGCGGCGGCGGCCCCGCCCCAGGAAGCGACGCGUUGGCGGCGGUGACGUUUCCCCGGCGGGUGCAGGAGCCAUGGCGGCCCCGCUGGCGGCGGCGGCGGGCGGAGGGGUGGGGGGAGGGGCGGCGGCGGCGGCGGGUCGCGGGGGCCGCGGGCCGGCGCUGCGGGAGGGGGCGCGGGUGUCGGCGCUGUGCCUGGCUUGGUACGGGCUGAGCGCCGGCGGGAACGUGGUGAACAAACUGCUGCUCGGCGGCUUCCCCCGGCCCGUCACCGUUUCGCUCUUCCACAUCCUGGGGCUGUGCGGGCUCCUGCCGCCGCUGCUGCGCGCCUGGCGGGUGCCCCCCGCCGGCCCGGCCCAGCUGCCGCCCCGCGCCUACCCCCGCUACAUCCUGCCCCUCGCCUUCGGCAAGUACUUCGCCUCCGUCUCCGCGCACGUCUCGCUCUGGAGGGUCCCGGUCUCCUACGCGCACACAGUAAAAGCGACGAUGCCGAUAUGGGUGGUUCUCCUUUCGCGGAUCAUAAUGAAGGAAAAGCAGACGACGAAGGUGUACUUGUCUCUGAUCCCCAUAAUAACCGGUGUCCUGUUGGCCACCGUCACGGAGCUUUCCUUUGACAUGUGGGGGCUCAUCAGUGCCCUUGCUGCUACUCUGUGUUUUUCACUUCAGAACAUCUUCUCAAAGAAGGUGUUAAGGGAUUCCCGAAUACAUCAUCUGCGGUUGCUGAACAUACUUGGGUGCCAUGCCGUGUUCUUCAUGAUCCCGACGUGGGUUUUGGUAGAUCUUUCUUCCUUCUUAGUAGAAAACGACUUGAGCACGAUGUCUCAUUGGUCCUGGACCUUGAUGCUGCUUAUAAUCAGUGGAUUCUGUAAUUUUGCCCAGAACGUCAUUGCCUUCAGUAUUCUCAACCUGAUCAGCCCGCUAAGUUACUCUGUUGCGAACGCCACAAAAAGAAUCAUGGUUAUCACAGUGUCCCUUAUCAUGCUUCGCAAUCCGGUCACGAGCACCAACGUCCUCGGAAUGAUGACAGCUAUCUUGGGGGUCUUCUUAUAUAACAAGACAAAAUAUGAUGCAAACCAAGAAGCAAAGAAGCAGCUCCUUCCGGUUACAACUGGAGACCUUGUGAAUUUGGACCGGCAUCGAAACACUCCUGAAAAGUCUCAGAACGGACUUACGGCGUUUGCACAACAUGGAGACUAUCAGUAUGGUCGAACCAACAUCUUAACGGACCACUUCCAGUAUAACCGGCAAAACUAUCCAACUACCUACAACUUAAAUCGUUUUGAUAUAUAGAAUCCUGGCAAACAGGUAUAGACUGUGAUAUUGAAGUGUCCCCCACAUUAUCAGAAACUUUUCGUACAUCCAUGAAUGUAAAGCCAUUUUAUUGUACAGUUUUUGCAGAAGGGAAGAUGCAUGUGUAGUGAAAGCGGUACAGACCUUCGACUUCUGCUAAACAGACCUUUAAACGUGAAACAGCUAGAUCUGACACUGGAACUAAAUGCGCAGUGUAGCUCUUGUACAGAGAUUCUGGUGAAAUGCACGUACAAACCUUCAGAGUAAAAUAUCUGCUGUCACUGCUCCUUUUCAGAGUCUGUCAACUGAUUACUCUUUUGGCAGCUAAAUUUGGGCCAGUAUUUUGUUUCCACGCUGGUAACCUCACCUUUCAUUUGUCCUCUGAUAUGUUUUAAUGAUACUUAGGUGAAGCUUUCAGAAAGAAGUGAAACUAAGGCAUACUUCUGUUUUAUGAGGCUUUGUCUGUUUGAGGGGGAUUGACUGACGUGUGCCAGUCACAGACAGGUAGACCUGGAUUCAUCUCGAGCAACUACGAAACUUCACCUGGGUAUUAAUUUCCUCUGUGCCUAUGCCUUCAGUUUUAGACGACAAACCAGCGGAGUUUCUGAAAGAGUAGACGGGAGAAAGAUGGAUCUCUUCAAGGAGCGUACUUCAGGCAUAGAGAAACACAGUUCUCUAAAAUCACUGGUGUCCCGGUCACUGUAGAUAACAAACAAACCGAGCUUGAGAUCGUAAUUGUUUUCUGAAUAACAUAGCCCUGUAACCCGAGGCGUCGCUCUUCCUUGGCAAUGCAGAAAACACCUGCACAAAUAAAGUGGUUGGAAUAAUAAGAUAUUUUUUUUACUUGCUUCACACAUGUUCUUAAAAAACUCUUCUGUUUUAUUUUAGAAAUCAAAAAGUUUAAGGUGUUUUCUUCUCAGUUUUAUGCAUAAAUUAUGCUCUCCUAUAUGAUUCAUGUCUAUUAAUGCAUUAAUUUGCAUAAUCAUAAUUCUUAAUGCUUUCUUAAGUCUGUCUUUUCAGCCCCUAAUUGUCUUCUUAAUUACUGCUGUUGGAGUUGCCGUGUGCAUUUAGCCUGACUUCCACUUCCCACUGAAAGCUCAAAUAGUAAAUUGUUAAGAAAAAAUAAUUUGAAUCAGCAGUAAGUAGGUAAUGUACAGUUAAGAAGAACUGAUUCCAUCAGUAUAAAUCAAUGUACUUCUAGACAAGCUGAUGAUUGUGUAUCAGAUUCUGCAUUUGUGCAUGAAAGGAACGAAACCGCUUGUACGUGGGUUUCACUGAAUCAGAUCGUUGUUGUUAUGACUUUAGCAAAAGCAGAUUUUAGGGGCCUUCUUUCCGUAACAGAAAGCUGUGACUUUUUUGACAGCACAAACUUUAUGUUUUUACUAGAAGGGUAUUAGAUCCCAGUGACAAAAUUUAGGGCGUGGUACAGAACACCCCCUCCACUUAUUUAUUGCUUUACAAAUGACCAUUUCUGUGAUGUGAGAUGACGAUUUGGCUCCUUUUUGGAUAAUAAAGAUUUUAUUUUCAAGUGCAAAGUCAACCUAAUCUUAUUCUUUUGGCUGACUCUGGAGGUAGUUAUGUAGACUGCCUUCCACCACAGUCCAAAAGAAGAAAUGGUCCUUCUGAAACUUCAGAGAUGGGUUAAAUAUGCUGCUAAUGUUUGUGAGCAGAACUUCCUCGAUUUGACUGGAGUUGCAUCUGUUCAGCCUAGCCUAGAACUUGGGCAUUCAGUUUAGAAAAUCUAAAUAAAUUAUUCCCAUACCCAGGUUAACAAGAUAAUGAGGAAAAGCAGUCUUUCAAAUGAAAUCUCUUUUGCCUGUUAGAGUAUUAAUUUGUGUGUAUUUAUGUCUUUUUAAGAUGGGAAAGUGCAGAAUGUGUAUUUCUAAGGCUCGCUUCCCAAUACUUAAGCGCUUUUACAUACAUGUAAAAAGGAUUGCGUGAACGCUGGAUGUGGAUUAGGUUCUGGCUCUGCAAAAGGCUGAUUUGAGGAUGAGACACUGGGCCGAGAUUUUUAAGAGGGGCUGAAGUUCUCCAACUGCUUUCAAAGGGACCUAGCUGUAAACAGUUAGACUCCUGCAAAUGCUUAAUUGUGUUCGUUGUGCCUCACUUUCCCAUUUGGAAAAUGGGGCUGAUUCUCCCCUGCUUUGUAGGGGGGUGAAAUACCAGCCAAAAGUGACAGUGGGGGCCCCAGGGAGGUGCAGGCAUACUGUGAGGUCAUCUGUACAUCCUCCGGUAUGUUGCUGCCGUACUGUCUUCGUGCAACUUGAACUGUUACUUGGAAUAAAGCUCCGCAUACUUUAGUCAUAGAUCAGAGGCUUUGUUAAAUAUAUUUAGAUGGUUUCCUUUUAAAGAACAUAACCAGAUCGGUUUUGCAACUGUUUUCAGAGAAAGCUUGCGCCGCAGACUUAAUGUGGCAGGUCAUUAGCUCAGCUUUUUCUGUCAAGGUGAGGGCUUUACAUUGAGAAUACCUUGUCCCCAGUUGCCAUCUGGGCUCGUGGCCUCGCUGUGUCUCUGAAACAAAACUACUGUACUCGCAGAGCAAAAAGGGACUGACCCAGAAGGAGAAUAUUGUCUGUUUAGGGCCCGGAGAGUGAGUCUCUCUCCUGGAGACUGCCUAGCAGUGUUCCUGCUCUUCUAGUUUGGGUCUGUGGUCAACAGGGAUCAUUUUGUGCGGUAGAACAUGUAAUUAAAACGGUUAAGUGAGUCGGUUACAGGAGGUGGUUUUGCCGAGUACCUGAAUCCGAGUCCUUAAGCAAUAUUGCCCACAUUCAGGUAAAGGAAGUUUCUGAUACUGUUGUAAUAUAUAUAUUUUAAUCUCUGGCCGCUGUGAGAUUUUGUUUGGCAAGGUGAAACAUUUGUUUUAACAUGAUCUGUAAAUUAAUGACGUAUUUAACUAUGUACAUAGGUCUGUAGAAAGUAUGGAAACACUGGAAUAAAAAGGGCAUAUCUAGACAAUCGUGUAUAAUGACCCUGUUAUUAAAUCACAGUGAGGGGGAUGGUUUGGGGUUUUUCCUUCCAGGAAGCUUUGGGAGGGCCGUACGUUAGUUGUAAUGGCCACUUGUGAGAAACCGGAUUCAUGUUUUGCCAUGUGGGUGUGAUACCUUACCAGGCGGUGACGUGACUGAAACUGCGAUCACCUGGAUGUCGUAACUGGCGUUAGGACACUAGUUGCUGCUACCCUGAGAAAUGCUGUGAUUUCCAUUGUGCGUUUCCAUACGCGUAAAUACGUGGCAAGAUUGGGACAUUUUUCCCAAAACAGUCCUGGAUAAUUCUAGAAAUGCCAGUGUGAAAGAAACCCAUCUCUCCCCACUACGCGUGGGUUUUCUGGCUCUGUAGAGCAUUUGGUGCUCUUUGAAGAUCUCUUGAAAAUAUUUCCCUUGCAGAUUCAGUUUUAGUAGCCAGCAGCGAUCACAGCAUCUUUAUCAUCUGGUAAAAUGCUUGUGUUUUUUAAAUACCUGAACGCUAAAUAAAAUCAAGGCAAUACUUAGGCUUUGUAGGUGUACGGUGAUUUGUAAAAAUAGUAUUGGUGAUUUAGGGUCAACCCAUGAUGAUUCCUAAAGCUCGAGACCUUUUCUUUCUCAUGUGUGUUCAAACCCACAUUUUUCUGAUGUAGCAUUUUGCAGCAGAAGAAACUUCUGCCAUGUAGCUAUUUGUGAAAAAGGUGCAAUACAAAUAAAGGGAAAAUUGUGUUUUUUCUAAGGCUUUCAUUUCUGAACCGUGUUGUAAGCUGUUAAAAAUAAUUCCAAAAUAUCUGUGGUGAUGGUAGAGGCUGGUCAAAAUUUCAGAUGUGUUAAUCCUGAGAUCACAGGUGUAUGAUACAAUCACUUUAUGUAGAUAUGCAAGCGCAAAUAUGCAGGUGGCAGUCACCACCCAUCUCUUUUUUUUGUUUGUUUUAUGUUUUUUUAAUGUUGGUAUCCUAUAAAUUGAUGCAAAUAUGGGUGGUUUUACCAAAAAAGCCCCGUGCUCCUUACUGUAUGAAAUCUAGCACUUAAGUAAAUGAACACUUUCAUAUUUUCCUGUUCUUAUCUCAACUCCAUCAUUCUGUGAGGAUCCGGAUGUUACCUAGCCGGCUUGCCUGCGAUGCACCCCUCCUCCAGCCUGUUGAUACUGCGACUGAAGCCAGGAUCCCUUAUGGGAUGACGGGAAGAAACCACACUGGUGACUUCCAGGUACUGGGACUCUCUCCUGUCUAAAAUAAAUCAGGUGCUCAGGUGGGUGUUGGCGGACACCUGUCAGGUAACUGUUGCUUUUGGGGCAUUUUGUGGAUAAACCUUUGUGGUGUGCUGAGGAAUAUGGCAGCCUGGAUGGUGACUGCGUGGGCUCCGACGUGCAAAGCAGUGACGUUUGUGUUGGGAUGGAAGGCAGCAGCAGGAAUCAUGAAAAGUUUCUUAAGUAUGAGCUAAGACUUGAACUUAAUCUGGUCUUCUGGGAUCCGUCUUAAUUUCCAGGUCUGCAGAGUGAUGUAGAAUCAUGAUCAGAGUCUGUAUUUGUGGGUUUUCUGGUGUUCAUUUGUUACUUGGAUACAUCUGUCUUUCUGCGUUUUUAUAUUCUGUAGAUAAUAUGGUGGGGUCUUCAUGGUUUGUCUUGUUAAGAAUAAAAAGUUCUGCCUUUUUCUGAGGA